UGUUCACACCUGCACUCGCGCAUGCUCAGUCCUCAUCGAAGAUCGUCGCCCACAGCAGCGGACGCUGUCUCGCUACGCGUCUUGACGGACGCCAACAGUCGCUGCUUGCGGUGCCAGGAAAUGCGGGCAGAGUGAGAACUCUCCAGUUGGACAAAAGUGAAGGCAAGCGAAGUCCUUGAGGGGGGGGAGAAAAAAAUGUCUCCGCUCUCAAAACCCUUGACGUUGUUAAGCAGGCGAAUAGCUGCGGCCUGCGUGCGGCGUCACUCUUCUCUUACAGCUGAACUGAUGGAAAACAUGGAUAAGAAAGCAACCUGGGACCGUUUCUACACCGAGAACAGCAGCGGGACACCCACCUUUAAAAACUUUGAGUGGUUCUUCGGCUUUGAUUCUGUGCGGGACUUCAUUAUGCCCCUCUUGCAGACCAAGUCUCAUCCAGAUGCUCUGCUCCAAGUCCUGGAUUUGGGCUGUGGCACUUCAGCGCUGGGGCCCUGUAUUUAUAGACAUUCUCCUCUCCCGGUCCGGGUCACCUGUGCUGACAUUUCCCCCAUAGCUGUGCAACUAAUGCAGGAGCACGUUCGAGCUAAAGCCAUCCAGCCACGCAGUGUUGCUUCUCAGCUGGAGUUUGUAGAGCUGGACUGCACGCAUCUCCACAAGCACUGUGGUUCUAACAGUGUGGACCUGAUACUUGACAAGGGCACCACAGACGCCUUGUUGAGGUCUAAGGAAGGGAAAGGGAAGGCCGGCCUGGUGCUGAAGCAGUGUUUGAAGGUGUUGCGAGGCUCAGGAUCUCUGCUCCAGUUCUCUGAUGAGGACCCUGAUGCCAGGCUGCUGUGGCUGGAGACUGAAGCACAGGAGCCGGGGGUAAUGGCAGCAGAUGUUGGGGUGCAGGAGGUCGGGGAAUUAAGGGGAGUGUGUUACUACUGCUACCAAGUGACUCCUCGCUGUAUAGUACAGCAGUAAUUCUCUAAAUGUGGAUGGUCAUAAUGUCAAACGAAUAAAUAAUUGAAAAUGA